AUGUCUCAAAAAAGAAUCGGAAAAGAAUUAAACGACUUAGGAAGAGAUCCCCCAUCUUCAUGUUCAGCUGGUCCAGUUGGUGACGAUUUAUAUCAUUGGCAAGCAUCCAUUAUGGGUCCAUCAGAUUCUCCAUACGCCGGUGGUGUUUUCUUUUUAUCUAUUCAUUUCCCAACAGAUUACCCAUUCAAACCUCCAAAAAUUCAAUUUACAACUAAAAUUUAUCAUCCAAAUAUUAACUCAAAUGGUAACAUUUGUUUAGAUAUAUUAAAAGAUCAAUGGUCACCAGCUUUAACAAUCUCAAAGGUGCUUCUUUCUAUUUGUUCUCUUUUAACAGAUGCUAAUCCAGAUGAUCCUUUAGUACCAGAAAUUGCACAUAUUUACAAAUCAAAUCCAGAACUUUAUCAAAAGAAUGCUAAAGAAUGGACCAAAAAAUACGCCAUCUAG